UCACUCUCAUCGCUUUUGGUCUUGUUGCAGGCAACUCGCAGCCAGUUGACAACUUUGGGCCUUGCGCUGACAACGCUGCUAAUGACAGCUGCCUCGCUGUCGCCGCCGCAGCCAGCUGAUCAUUUGGUGCCGCCGCCGGCGCCACCUGCACCAACAGCACCAGCAGCAGCAGCAGCGCUGCCCGUAGCGCAACGGCUGACACAUGCGGGCUACUCGGAACCGGCGCAGGAGGCUGGCUUCAUGACACGCGUUGCCCGGUGGUUUGGCUUGGGCGGAUCUGGAACAGCCGCCCGGGAUCAGCAGCUGAGCGCCAGCUCGCUGAGCUAUGCGUAUCCAAAGCCGACACAGAACUUUGAUGCCGCUGGCAAGCCAUGCGGCCUGUGCAACAAGUAUCCCUGGGUGCCCAUGUUUGGUCAGCAGCAGCCGCCGCACAUACAACAGCAGCAGCUGCAGCAGCUGCCGCAUCAGCAGUCGCAUCAGCCGCCGCUGCUCCUGCAACAGCAACAGCAGCUGCCGCAUCAGCAGCAGAUCUCGGCCUGGCAACAGCAGCCUCUGGCGCAGGCAUCGCAGCAAAGGCAGCGCGCCGUGCAGUUCCAUGCGCCGCCGCAGAGCGUCUUUCUGCCCAUCUCGGUGCCGGUGCCGGGGCUGAGUCAUGUGGCAAUGCCGCCAGUUUACAAUGCCCAACCAUUCCGGCCGCUGCCACAGCAACAGCCACAGCCGCAGCAGCGGUAUCCGCUAGAGAAUUUUGGAGCACACUCGGAGCUGCGACCUGUGCCCUUGGUGCCGUCAACAACGCCUCGAUCCGCGGCAAAGCAGUCGAGCAGCAGCUUUGAGAUCGUUCAAAGCCAUCAGCUCACCGAUUUCAUCACCUCCGUGGAGUACCCGGCCACCUAUGUGCAGUCGCAUGCCAUUGAUCUGGGACAGACGGCGACGGCAACUUCCGUCACACCGUUGCCCGCAAAUCACAGGCCACUGCAGCAGCUGCAGCAGCAGGAGGAGCCGCUGGACAUAAGCACUGUGCGAUAUCAGCUGGAGGAUCUGAGCAGCGGAGCAGUGCAUCAGCAUUUGCCCGCCUCGCAGCUGCUAACGGAACUGGGUCACUUUACAGCGUCGAACGCUGAGACGCAGACAACUUUGAUCCCGCCGGCGGAUAACUAUCCGGCGGCUUCCUCGCAGCAGCAACAGCAGCAGGAGCACGAGCAGGAGCAUGAGCAGGAGCAGGAACAGCAGCAUCUGUACUAUGCCGAACAAUACCAGGAGCUGGCCGAGACGAGCACGGUGACGCCGCUAUACGAGCAGCUCAUGUACACCACAGAGCCGCCGACUCCGGCAGCUGUGGAGCUGAACAAUCAUUUGGUGUCGCCGCAUGUGCGCGACGGACGGCAACGGGAGACGCCCAAACGGCUACUCGACUCGCCCAUCAAUCAUGCCCAGGUUGGCGCACCGCCGCCACGCCCAUUUACGCGUGAUCCCGCCGAGCUGAACUUCCGGCUGAGCCAGCCGACGCAUGCGCCCACGCCGACGUCCACGUAUGGCGCCAUCGAUGCCAGCGGCCAGUAUGCGGGCAUGUCGCCGCCGGGGCCACAGCAGGUAAUUAUACCCUAUACGACGAAGCAGAAGCCGCGCCCUUUCGAGCCAUCGAACUGGACGCCCGGCUGGCGGCUGCGACCCGCUCCGGCGCAGGAGAACGACGUGCACGAGCUGCACGAGCUGCACGAGCAGCAGGAAUCGAAGCUGGUGAGCUCGGCGACAGCGGCGCCGCCACCAAAUACGCGACGCACCACCAAAUAUCUGACCAAAAUACUUGCCUCCAAUUUGCGCGAGCUGCUCAAACGGGAGCGCGAGACAAAGCGACAGCGUCCCGCCCAUUUCGGCGUGGACAUCUCCAAGCUGCAGCACAACAUUGACGGCUGGACGGAGCAGGAGUACAAUUCGUUGUCGCAUCGCCCCAGCACCCCAACGAUACGCGGCCGCUCCAAGCACAUACCCACUGAGUACCUGACCACAACGACGCCGGCGACACCGACGGCCACCUCAACCACCAUGCGCCAGUCGAAGACGACGCGCGGCGGCGGCGCCGGCGGCGGCGGGGGCGGCUUCGAGCUGGGCGGCAGAGCCACAGCCAGCGUGGCCAAUGGCGGGGAUCUGUCCACGUCCAUUAACAACUUGGAGCAGCUGCAGCUAAGGCGUUUCCCGCCCAUCGAUGACAAUCGCCUGCUGCCCGAUUAUUACGAGGCGCUGCAUCGGCACAGCCAAACCCUACGCAGCACGACACCUAUGCCAACGGCCACGCCCACCAGUACAAUAACGCCCACAUCGUCGGCAGAGCCCACACGGAAUACGGUUACGCCGCUUUAUGUGCGCAGCACGGCCCCCACGCCGGCACCCAUCGAGCUGUGGAAGCAGGCCAAGGUGGCCAUUCUGCCCGACACCAAUGAGAAGGUAUAUGUGGUCACCCCACAACCGCGCCAUCAGCCCCAGCAGGAGCAGCAGCACGGCGAGCUUUCCGCAUCCGCAUCGGUGCCUGCACCGGUCUACCAAACGCCAGCGCCCAGAUUUCCGCGUGUGAGACCCACGCCAGGCACGGCGACAGUUAGUAGCGAUCUGAUGGCUGCCACGCCCACGCCCUCAACGGAACAGCUGCGCAACUAUACGCCGGACAUAUUUGGUCUGAUGGGUCUGUCCGCGUAUGUGCCAGCGGAGCCUGUGGAGAUCAUUGAUGGCAAUUCCAAAGUUAUCACGAUUGUGACAUCGGCGCCAGCUGCGGCUGCGCUACAGCGACCAACACCAAAGUCCACGAUAUCGCCCAGGCCCAGAUAGAGCUAAUCCCGGGACGCAGCCGACACAGCAGAUCCGAGAAGAUUCAAGCAGAUUCAAGGUGACCAGCAACCGGCGCAUCUAUUGUAAUAUAUUUCCCCAGGCCGAUUGGAUGGAUACAUUGAUUUAUUGUGUUGCGAAUUUAUUUUUUAAGCCUAAACCAAUUUUAGAGUAUUCUUGCAUUUGGUAGCUUUACACGUACAGUUUUAGUUU